UACAGGAGGGUUGCAGCAGCGAGUAAGAAGAAGGCGUAGUUUAUUCUUUUAUAGGCAUCAAAGUUGAAGUAUUACAAAUGGAAUAAAUCACAUCCAUCUUUCGGAUUCGCAAGACCCCAAGACAACUUUGGUUGACAAACGACUUCGGAAGGAACUUCAAGAUCAUCCAUACCUCUGCGUUUGUAAGCAAAUUCAUUGUACUUCACAUUCAGUGGAUAAUCCAGAAUGAUGGCAGAGAAAGCCCACUACAUUCUUAUGGAAUCGAUAUUCAAUCAACCAUGGUUAUCGAUCGUGGAUUCUCUGAGGAGAACAUAUGAAAUUAAUCAAUUUAUAUAUUUGCUUCAAAAUUACCUAGUUCGAUGUUAAAGGGAAUUAAGAGAUGUGUAAUGGCAAGCAUCAGAAUUAUAAUAAUCCAGAUGAGUUACUCCUUCCGACAGAACAGCUGGACAAUUUGUAGGUUCUAUAAUGGGGACGAUCAUCAAAAUGGCAAACGUCACAUUCCGUCCCACGACUGUGUUGCUCUUCUGGGACUGAUAUACAAGAAUGAGUAACAUUUUGUUUCCCCUAAGAAAAAACGGAUGAUGGAGAUGAGGAAAAACAGUUUGUCAGGAGACGAGUUCAUCAGAUUACCAGAAGAAGAGAACAAAAACUUUCCAGGCGACGAGGAUCACGGCUUUCUAGGAGAAGAGGAUGACAGCUAUCCAGGAGAAGAUGUCGGCUUUCCAGGAGAAGAGGAUGAAGAAGAAGAGAACUGUUCUCCAGAAUAUGAGAACGAAAGCUUUCCAAGCAAAGUUCGCAGAAGAGCAACUUCCAGAAGACUUCCAGAAGACGACUACAACACGAGGACGACCAAGGUAGACGAGGAGAGGAGAACAAGAUCGCAGAAUUUCCCUGAGACUCCAAGAGCUUUCCAGGAGAGUUACGGUAGAACCAGGCUCAAGAAGAGCCUUCCAGAAGACGGUUACAACAGCCUUGUAGGAGAAGAGACUACUAGUUCCCCAGAAGGAAAGAACAACUCCCUUUCAUUAGACAACCACUACGAUCAUGACCAGCAUUCCAGGAGAAAAGAACUUCAGAAGACUGACGAAUUUCAUGUAGACGCUAAAGACUUUUAAGAAGACGAACGCUUAUUUCCAGACAACUGCUUUGCAGAAAUAGACUACAAGAGCAGAAAGAGACAAUGAGAACUUUCUAGAAGUAGAUGACCGAUUUCAGCGAGGACUACAAAUAGUUUUCCAUUCGAAGUGCCCAGCUUCCCAAAACGAAUAGACGACUACGACAGAAUUCCAAUAGAUGACAGCGAUUCAAGUAUACCCCAACGGUUUUCCAGUUGGCGUGUGCAGUCUCUCAGAAGCAAAACAGAGCUGCCUUCCAGAAGACGACUAUAACUGCCUUCAAGAAGACGAAAAUAGACCCUUCCAAGAGAAGAGAACUACAGCUUCCCUGAAGCAAAGAACAACUCCCUUUCAAAAGACAAUCACUUCACUUGACUGUCAUGAGAAAAGAACAGCUUUCCAAGAGAAGAUGGCAGAGUUUCACGAAGACGCCAAUGGCUUUCCAGGACAAAUGUGCAGU